AUGGUGAAUGGCUACUGUGAAGCAAACCUUAUCAAAAAAUCCUAUGAACUAUUCCUUAUUCUGUCAAACCAAGGAAAUAUUUCUAAAGGUUCCUGUUUUAAGCUACUUGAUAAACUCUGCAAGGCAGAUGGCAUCCAAGAAGCUAUUAUGCUUUUAGACACAGUGAUGGCUCUUAACGUGGGACUUGGCAAAAUAAUGUAUUAUAAAGCAAUAGCUGCUAUGUGCCAAGAUGGGAAAUUGGAAUAUGCUCGUUCUUUGUUUCAUUUAUUCAUCAAGAAAGGAUUUACGCCUGAUUUAAUAACUUACACAAUUAUGAUAAAUACAUAUUGUAGGAUUAACUACUUGCAAAAGGCCCAUGAACUCUUUGAGGAUAUGAAGAGAAAAGGGAUAAAACCUGAUGUCGUUACGUAUACAGUUAUACUUGAUGGGAACUUGAAAGCAAAUUUAAGAAGGCAUUUCUUGUCUCCAAGUGGAAAAAGAACAUGGGACGUUACUUCCCUCUGGAGAGAGAUGCAGCAAAUGGAAAUAACUCAAGAUGUUGUUAGUUACACUGUUUUGAUUGAUGGUCAAAUAAGGGCGGCUAACUUUCAAGAUGCUAUUAGCCUCUUCGAUGAAAUGGUUGACAGAGGAAUACAACCAGAUACUGUAACAUAUAGUGCUAUGAUUUCUGGGUUUUGUAUCCGAGGGAACAUGGAGAAAGAUGAUACCCUGCUUAAGGAAAUGUCUUCCAAAGGAAUGACACCAGACUCUGAUCUCAUCUCGGCUUUUAAACGUGGUAUUAUGAAAGCUAGAAAGGAUAAAUGGAAAACAUUAGUGCACACUGCGAAAAUUUCGCCUCAACAAAGGAGAGGAGAGCCAGUUCCCCAGGAUCUGUUGAAUAGGGUUUUGACUGCACAUGCUUACUGGUGUCACCACCAAGCCAAGCAGCAUGGGCAUGGCAAGAACCGGGCUCUUACCAUGAAGACUCCAGAAGCUUCUGCUGGAGAACUCAGUGUUGGUGCCGUCCUUGUGAUUAUGUAG